AUGGCUGAAGGUCCCUCGUACAUAUCUUCCCAUUCCGCGGACGUUAUCCUCUCCGACAUACGACCGAUCAAGCUCAAGCCCGAUGCUCUCGCGGCGCUGAACGGCUUCCUGGACGAGUUCCUAUUCCGAAUCUUAGGCGCAGCGCGCUCGCUGGCCACCAGUCGAUUGCGCGCGGGCCUGCUCGGCGUACUGCCCACCGCACUCGGAAAGGAAGCGCUUCUAGAGGCGGAGGUCGAGCUGCGUGCGUACUGGGACCGAACAGAUCCGGUGCGUGGCGCGGGCGCAGGCUCGGAGGACGACUCGGCGACUUUCCACAUUUCUUGGGCAUUCGAGCUGCUACGCCUGAAAUGCGCGGCCUAUUCGACGCUAAACGAAUCUGAUGAGGACACGGUUGCGGAAGCGCGUCUGAUGGAGAAGGCGGGGGAGGCCAGCGCGCUCGUGGCACCGGCUGCGCUGUACUUGACGGCUAUCCUGGAACACAUACUCUCAGAUGUCAGUCGCGUCGCGUCGCGCGACAGCAGUCGCGCCAUGGCCACAAUGCAAGACCUCUACACUGCGCUUUGCGAGGAGGAGGGGAUAUACUCGUUCUUCAAGACGUUGGAAGUUUACGGACGCAUUGAGCAACUGUGCAAAGCUCCAGCCCCUCGCCGCAGCAAGUCUCUCCAUCGCGACACCAGCAUGUCGCUGUCACGGACAUCAUCACCAUAUCAUGAGAGUGGUGAUGCUUCAAACUUGUCGCGCGACAGUCAUCCACGAUCCGACUCGAGAGCAUCCGCCGAUAAAGGACGAGGAAUGCGCAUGUUCGGUCGUUCAUCCUCGGACGGGGACGGUGGUCGACACCGGAGGAGCAACUCUGGACGUAGUAACGCUACCCAUCAGACGGACACAAUGUCUGUAGAGUCCGAGCUGCAGGAGGAGUUCGACGAGCUCAUGCGCAACGAGAACACGAUGAAGGUGUCGCUCACGCCCGACAGGCUGAGGACGAUGGAUGUUUACAAGGCCGAGAAGGAUCAGCGCAACCGGCGCCCGGCUCCCCUCUCUAUCCAAAAAUCUGACAACGAACCCUCAUCUGCUCCGCGCGUCGAGCAGCGCCGGCCGUCGAACAGACACGUCGAGUCCAUCGCAGAGGGCGAAGAGGACGCGGCUUUCCCCUCGCAACCGGCUCAAAGUUUGACACCCUCGCGCCCGCGCGGUGCCAGCGUCGCCACGACCCCUGAGCGUCCCAUCGCGCCUGCUCAACCACGGACACGCACCCUGUCCGCUGCCCCCUCUCACAACCCAUCGUCCCCCACCGACAUGCCACGCACACCACACCACGCCAUGCCUGGCUCCCGGGGAGCGCAGGGCUUCAACGUGGACCCUUAUCCGCAGAAGACGCGCAGGGUCCAGCGCAAUCGCGAGUCGAUGGACCUGGACGACAUCAUGAACGGCUCUGAUGACGAAGAGGAAGCCCAGGUCGUCACGGCCACGCAGAUAAAGGCACCUCAGACGCCCGUGCGGCGCUCACCACCUACCACAGCUGGGACGCGCGAACUGAUCGACUUCCUCAACGAUGGUCCCCCCGACGCGCGUCGCCCUCCCCCUUCACAUGUUCCCCCGCGCACACCCAUCCGUGCGACUUCAUCACACUCGUCGACGCCGUCCAACAAACCCGCUGUGUCGAAGGCGACGCAAGACAUGAUCGACUUCCUUGCCCAGGGCCCUCCACCAACUGUCGAAUUCAGUCCCAACGUCACCGUCUCCCCGUCCAACGACUCGACAUCCAGCCGCAAGGGAUCGGGCAGACUGGUCCGCAUGAUGUCCAAGCUGUCCAUGAACGACCGACGAGAGCGGGCAGGGUCGGAGGCGACGACGGAUACGCCAAAUCGCUUGGCGCACAAGACCUCGAUGACGAACCUCCCGCCCGCUGUCAAGCCCGUUCCGCCUCGCUACCCGCUGCGCCCCAUCUCGCCUCCACCUGAUGGUGGCGAGAGUAGCUCGGCCCCAUCACCGCAACAGCAGACCCCUCGUGCUCGUUUGCCUUCCUCUGCCAGCAACGGGCGCAAGGAGCCGCCUGUGUGGGAAAGAGAUGGUUCGAGGUCGCUCACGUCGUCUCCUGCGCCCUCCCGUCCGCAGACGCUCAGGUCUGCAGAUAGCUACGAGCAUAACACCCCUCAUCAUACGCCGUCCAAGUCAUCGCUCACCAAUGGGACAUCGUCCAUUCGGGAGGAUGCGAAUGAGUCCAGGAAGCCGACCAUCGACACGGCAAUCUCCCCAACCAUUCGUACGCAGCGUAGGACCGCGUCUGGCGCGACCUCUCCAACGCGGAAACCAGUUCCCCCUCUAUACCCCACCCCGACCAAGCCCGCAUCGUCCGUCACCGACGAUGAUCUGCGCGAGAUGCGUCGGCUGUUUGCGAAGGCAACCAGCCCAGAAGAGUGCCGCCUCAUCUUCGACCUUUUCCUCGCCAAGUCCGGUGUCACCGUCGACCAGGCCGAAUACGACAACCCGUACCCGUCGCCUUCGAGCGACUAUCAGAACGGCACGCCUGGCGCUAUGCAGGCGCAAGGGAGUGGCCCAUCGGAUGCGGCGCUCGAGAAGGCGAUGGUGGAGAUGCUACUCGGCGGUGGUCCUAUGCCGGACGUCACUGGCGCUCGCAAGCUGCGCGCGAAGCGGAACUUGAGAGGGGAUGGCACCGUGGCGAACUCGUCGACGAGCACUGUCUCGCGCACGACGUCUGCGUCUGCGACGAUGACCUCGACGUCGAUCGCCGCUCCGGCGCCCGCGCCUACGACGGCAUUGCCGAGGCCACCGUCGGCGGGAGCAGCUAUUGUCUCUCCCGCUCCACGAGUCGUUAUGCAGAAGAUGAAUAGGCCCGCUGAUCCUGUUGCUGUUCAAUCUAUGUAA